AAGGAGUGGCCUGUGGUGUUACACAUGCCUUCUUGAUGCAAGCAACUGAACGUGCUUGAAUUAUUUAACAUUCAUUUGAAAUUUUGAAAUCCUUUGAGCUCAAAGCCAAAAACUCUGCGCCAUCGCAAGUCUGUGGAAGAAUACUAGAAAAUUAUUUUGUAUGAACAGAUGGAGUAACAUAUCAUAGAGGACUCACUGCGAUGUCAACGGAAUUCAUGAAUGAAGAGUGAAAAGGAGUGGUAUUCGUUACACAAGGUUUGAUUAUGAUAAAGACCAACUCCGCGUUACCUUGUACGAAUGGCAUUGCAAUGUUUGAUCAUUUUGACGAGUCCCAUUACUAUAGUGGGUUUUUUUCUAACUGUGAUUUUCUUUCUCAUCUUGAAUGACUUUGGAGAAGAGUGAUAAAUUAUUCAGGAAAAGCGACAACACUUUGAUGAAGUAAACGAACCUACAGGCCACGGUGAUGCAUUCUGUAAAACAGUGAUGACGUUAGGUAUUUCUGCAUUCAGCCUGAUUUGCAAUGCCGGUUCACAUCGAAAAUUUUAUUUAUUCAUGAAAAGCUGAUUCAAGCGGCAGAUCAAGAAUACUUUGAAUGGAGAGGAAUUUGGAGUAUAAUUUCAAGCCAACAUUUUGUUCGUCACUUAAACAAAACAAGUCUUUGGGACCUAAAUAUCAAACACGGUUUGUAUAUGCUAUACAGGCAUUGAGAGGGCUUUAUUCCCGCUACUCUUAAUAUGCAAUAGAAAUGGGAGAAGACAGCGUCAGUCAUGCACUUGCCAGUUUCACACAAGAGUUACGUUAUACUUUGAAAACAAACUCGAGACAAACUGUUCGCUUUCGGUGAAUAACACGAAAUAAUUAUUGUCUAAAAAAAAUCCGUCCAAUUCUUCAGAGAUAUGGAUUUCAGUUCUGUAUUUGGUUCGAUCCAAUCGACGGUCGAGACCAAGAUCGGUGAUGUCGAGGGUAGUGUUGAAAGUGGCAUGGAUGAUGAACUAUCCGGCAUAGGACAGGAUGUACCAUCUUCUUGCUCUGACGUCGUCGGCGGCAUCGAAGGCAUGCUGGAAGGGAACGCGACGUCAGGUGACGGGACGUCCAUCCCUAAGAAUGCCAUGAUGGAUAUCGCCUGCAUCAUCUUCGGGGACUUCGCAGCGACACUCGUUGCCUGCGCGAUCGUAACCAACCUCUCCAUUUUCGGGGAGCAGUUCUUGCACUAUGACAGCGACGAAAUUGAGAAAACCAACCUGAUCAUCACUGGGGUCGAAGCCGGGUUCUACCUCUUGACGGGGUGCUUCACGGAUUGGUUCGGGGGUUACUCAGAAGCGCUAAAAAUAUACGGACGAAUCUGCUUCAUUGGGACGUGCAUCUUACCUUUAUUGACGUUCAACUGGUCUGUCAUUGGUCCUACAUAUGGAAUAUCUGUUUCUAUUCGUCGAAUAUUCUUCUACACCGCCCGGAUCGUGGCAGCAUUAGGGGUCUGUGGCAUCCAAGUAACGUCACCUCCGUAUGCGGCUAGACAGGUGGAACCUUAUGGAAGUCAGAGCGUCCAAAGUUGUUUCCAUUACAUUUACCUAGCGAUACAGUGUGCGCCCCUUCUAGCUUUGACGGGAAUAUCCUUUGUGCAAACCACUGUCUCUUUCUUCUGUGGAUAUCUGUCGACUGUCGGCUUCAUAAUUCUCACCAUGGUAUUCUUCAAGUUUGUGAAAUUUGAAAAAACUCGUCAGAGCACCCCUGACAAAGGGGAGUCAAUUAAAUCCAUUAUUACAUGUGCAAUGAAUGAAAUGAAGAGUAAGCUGUUAUCGUGCGCCAGUUAUUGUCCCUGCAGUUGCUGCACCAGCCUCAGCUCUUCUGAUGCUUCUGGUGAUGAGGAAAGCGCGCUGCUUCUUUGUGACUGUCUUCCAGAUGCGACCUUGACUAACAAUAACAAUAUGAUCACAUCGAAUGCAGUGCCAAAGCAAUCUGCAACAACCAGCUAUGGCUCAGUGUCGGACAGUCCAUCUUCGAGUAAUUCCUCAACCAAUGCAACAAGCAACGGAAGUAGGCCUACUCAACCGACCAUACCAUCAUCAAAGUCAUCUACGGCACCUGACACGUCAGGGGAUGCGUCGAAGGGUGUCUCAGCUACCAACAGUUCGGCAACAUCACCAACGUGCAGCGGAAGUUCUGAACUAGCGGAAGCGAUUAAAAGCUGUUCCGAGUCAGAGCGACAUUGUUUAUGGGUGGGCUACGCCAUGUUGCUUCUUUCCUGCCAAAUACCAUAUAGCUUGGUACAUUACCAGUUAUCCACAACCUAUGUGGAUCAGGCGAUGAGGAUGAAAGCGUCAAUUCUUGGUCAGCAUAUAAGUCCAACUCUCCUCGGAGAUCUGUUACCUCUGAUUGUCAUCAUCAUCACCCUACUUGUUAAUGUCUACGUCUAUCCCUUCAUUGAAACCAGAUUCAAAACCCUAACGGCUGCAAACAGAAUUGCACUCGGCAUCGUCUUGGCGACGCUGUCCGUUCUCUGUGCCGCCAUCGCUGAGACGGCUCGGAAGUUGUUUAUCGACCGAGGCGAUUCCUUUGUCCAGGAGAUCGACAACCAAUCCAUUGUCGCUUCCGAUCUCACACUCGGUGCACUCAUUCCUCAGUAUGUCUUAAUGGGCGCAGCAGAUGUGUUUGUAUUCAUCACAAGUUUAGAGUUCGCAUUUCGGCAGUCCCCUUGUACGAUGCAGGCAAUAGCAACCGGGAUCUUCCUUUUCUACGAAGCAAUUGGUCGACUUUUAGCCAUGCUGCUUGUGCCUCUUAUAAAUACUAUCACCGCAGCUGACCCUUGGUUACCAAGCGAGAUCAACGAUGGUCAUCUGAAUUACUAUUUCCUCGUCUUGACCGCUAUCAGCUUGACCAAUCUGAUCGUCUACUUGUUGGUGGAGAAAGGUUACGAAGAAGUUGAUCAAUACCUGUGUCCUGACGAGGAGACCUAUGGCGGUGGAAGCACCACCAGCUGUUCGACCAACCCUGCAACAAAGACAGCUGACACACCCACUUCACCAACAGAAGUUCAGAAGAUAUCUUCUCAAGCGGUGACAGCUCUGACGUCAUCAGUGUAAUAUUGUUUUCGACACUCCAAGAACAUCCCGCAUCCGAAACAAUCGUUGACCACAGCCUCGGAAAGGCCCAACACCCUGACCUUAUAAACAAGAAAAAAAAAGAAUUUUCCGCCAAUCAUAUUUUGUGAUCUUUUGUGAUUAGUGAGCUUUGAACCCACGACCUUGGACUUGUGAAUGGUACACCACGCUGAUGAGCUACUCGAAGGAUUACAAAUAACUCCAGAUGUUUAGUGUUCAUGAAAACUCGUGACCGAAUAAAAAAUAUUCUUACGUUAUUCUCGUAAAAGAUAUGUCCCAAAAUAUGGGGAAAUCUCCGCCGGGACGGGAGGAGCGAUUACGUCAUACACUAUCCAACCUCUAUAACGCAAGUUCCUUCGUUGGUUGUUCGUCUCCGCCAGAAAAUACAUCCCUCCUCCUUUUUUCGCUCCUACCUUCUUUGAACCCCGCAACGUACGCAUUGAUAUCCAUUGAAGCGAAUCUGAAUCUGGAUUUAUUCAUAGAUCUUUUUUUUAAUUCGUGUUCUUUUACUCGAAAUCAUCAAGAACCACAAUAUUAACAAUUGGCAUGAUAAAAAUUUAAAAUCCCAUUACAUAAAACGAAUAUUAAGCCCAGAUGAUAUACAUCAUUAAAGCAUCAUCAUCAUCAUCCUCUCCAUCGCCUUCAUCUUCACCAUUUCACCAUCAUCUUCAUCCUUAUCA